GAUAGAGGUCUGGCUCUGUCAAAUCCACAUAAACUAGCCGGGGUAGUUUUUUUUUUUUUGCUCCCCUUCACUCUGCAGCUGCAAACAGAGAAGAAGAUGGAAAAGUCAUUGUGCAUGUUGGCAGCGGUGAUUUUUCUGGGAGGAUUUUCAGACGCAUUGAUAAACGAUCCAUCGACUGAUUCCUCAUUAUUGAACAACUCGACCACAGCUGGGUCUGUCACCGUGGAGCUGCAGGAGCGCAGCAGACCGACUCCAACGACUGCACAGACUACAUUAUCCAGCACCACCUCUGUCAGAGACAAACAUCUGGACACCAAAAACACCAGCCAAGAGAGCGAGGAAGAAAACAACAAGAAAGAGGAAGAAACUGAAGAAGAUGAGAAAACAGAACUGGAUUGUCCUCCCCUCGGCCUGGAGUCCCUGCGGGUCGAUGACAGCCAGAUUCAAGCCUCUUCCUACCAGCGAUCGGGUCUGGGUCCUCACAGGGGGAGGCUAAAUAUCCAGUCUGGCAUUGAGGACGGUGACCUGUACGAUGGAGCCUGGUGUGCUGAGUAUAAGGACCAGCACCAGUGGCUUCAGGUGGACGCCAUCUACCACACCCUGUUCACUGGAGUCAUCCUGCAGGGCCGAAACUCCAUCUGGAGUUGGGACUGGGUUCACACCUACAAAGUCCAGCUGAGUAACGACUCUGUGAACUGGGAAACCUGCAUGAACGGGACAGAAGAAGCAAUAUUUGAAGGAAACCAGAAUCCAGAGACUCCGGUGCUCGGACGCCUCCCUGUUCCCACCGUCGCCCGCUUCAUCCGCAUCAACCCUCAGACCUGGUACUUCAAUGGGACCAUCUGCCUCAGGGCUGAGAUAAUGGGCUGUCGUGUUGAUGAUCCGACUGACAUCUACGCCUCGGAGCGAGAACUAGGAUCAAAAGAUGAUCUGGACUUCAGACACCACAACUACAAAGAGAUGAGAAAGCUCAUGAAGUCUGUGACGGAGGAGUGCCCAGACAUCACCCACGUCUACACCAUCGGGAAGAGCUACAUGGGCUUCAAACUGUACGUCAUGGUGAUCUCGGAUAACCCCAGCAAACAUGAACUAGGUGAGCCCGAGUUUCGCUACGUGGCGGGGAUGCACGGGAACGAGGUUUUGGGUCGAGAGCUCGUCCUCAACCUAAUGCAGUACUUGUGCAGAGAAUACAAGAAGGGCAACCAACGCGUCGUUCGGCUGGUGACUGAGACGCGAAUCCACCUCCUGCCCUCCAUGAACCCUGAUGGAUAUGAAGACGCUUAUGUGAAGGGCUCAGAACUCGCCGGCUGGGCUGACGGACGAUACAGCUUUGAGGGAAUCGACCUGAAUCACAACUUUCCAGACCUGAACAACAUCAUGUGGGACGCCCAAGAGACGGCAGCAGACAAAUCUAAAGUGUCCAACCACUACAUCCCCAUCCCAGAGUACUACACUAAAGAGGACGCCAUGGUUGCACCAGAGACUCGCGCCGUCAUCAGCUGGAUGCAGGACAUCCCCUUCGUGCUCAGUGCGAACCUCCACGGGGGAGAACUGGUGGUCACGUACCCCUUCGACUGCACCCGUGACUGGGCCCCUGUGGAGGACACCCCCACUGCGGACAACGCUUUCUUCCGCUGGCUGGCCACCGUGUACGCCUCGACGAACCUGGUGAUGGCCAACCCUGACCGCCGCAUCUGCCACUCUGAGGACUUCCAGUCACACAACAACAUCAUCAACGGCGGCGCCUGGCACACCGUCCCCGGCAGUAUGAAUGACUUCAGUUACUUGCACACCAACUGCUUCGAGGUGACGGUGGAGUUGUCCUGUGAUAAGUUCCCUCAUGCCAGUGAGCUUCCCAUCGAGUGGGAGAACAACAAGGAGUCUCUGCUGGUUUACAUGGAGCAGAUUCACAGAGGCAUCAAGGGUGUGAUCAGAGACAAGCUGACCAAACAAGGAAUAGCCGACGCUGUAAUCAAGGUGGAGGACCACGACCAUGACAUCCGAUCAGCUGCCGACGGGGACUACUGGCGUCUACUGAACCCGGGCGAGUACAAGGUGGUGGUUUGGGCCGAGGGUUACUUCCCGUCCAUGCGUCGGUGCAACGUUGGAAUGGAGCCACAUCCCACCAUCUGUGACUUCACCAUGACCAAAACGCCCCUUCAGAGGCUGAAGGAGAUCCGGGCCAAGGGAGGGAAGAUUCCCCAGGACCUUCAGCUGCGUCUUCGAGCUCUGAGGCUCCGCAAGCUCCGCGCCAGCACCAAGGCCAUCAACCGCCGCAGGGAGAGUCAGCGGCUGCAGCAGGCGAGGAAGGCUCGGUCCACCGGAGCCCAGAGAGCGUGAGAGCGGACGGGACGAGGGGCUGAAGAAGCCUCAGACGUGAGCUGGUUGUAGGUUGAAGAAGUUCGGUUAGAACGGAGAAAAGUGACCUCUGGGAAUAGUGUUCCUAUGACUGAGAGGACACUAUUAAAGGGUCAGUUCACCCAAUUUCUUUUUUACGUAGAUACCAAGACAUGCAGACAGUUUUAUACAGUGAGGUUUGAAAAAUUUGUACUUCCACCAAUUUGGCGAUCUCAGAUUUAAAAUAUUCAAUUAAAAGACACAACAGCUUAUUUGGGUGUACUGUCCCUUUAAGGCAGAUUAAACCACGAUAGUCACACAAACUCUUACAGAAGAUGACAGGAUACUUAAAAAAACAGAGUUUUUAUACAAAAACAAGAACACUUCUAAAAAGUUAUACAAACAUGAAGCUUUUUUGAAUGAUAAUGAACAUCUUUACAUUUCUGGACAGGCAUUCACUUUAGUAUUUGUACAUUAUAGCUGUUGAUGCUGUAGUGUUUGUUGCUAAGACUAAGUUGAGAAUUUAACUGUCAGCUGGUCUGAUAUGUGACAUGUUUUAGUCUGUUUUUGUUUGACUGAAGUCCAACAGGACCAUAAAAUCUCAAAUAAAUAUGACUUAUUUGUAUUAUA